AUGGCGGCAAACAAGCCUGAAUCAUUAGCGAAGAAGGACCUCUUCGAGGACAUGGGUCGCCAGGUCGAGGGCAUGAACGCUUCGACUGAAGACGGUGAUGACCAGAGAGUUGUUGACGAGAUUGAGAGUUUGUGCAUGAACUGCCACGCUGACGGCAUGACCCGCCUUCUUCUCACUCGUAUUCCUUACUUCCGCGAAAUCGUCCUUUCGUCCUUCUACUGCCCUCACUGCAGCUUUAAAAACACCGAGAUCUCAUCCGCCGGUCAAAUUCAGGAACGCGGCUCAAAAUAUAUCUUCAAGGUUGAGAAUGCUGAUGACAUGCAAAGAUCCGUCGUCAAGGGCGACAGCUGCGCUUUCAGAAUUGAGGAUAUUGACCUCGAGAUUCCUCAAGGAAGAGGUCAGAUGACAAACAUUGAAGGUAUCCUUGCUGGUGUCAAGGAGGAUCUCGCACAAAACCAGGAAGCCAGAAUGGAGCAGAUGCCCGAGGCUGGCGCAAAGGUCGCCGAGAUCAUUCAAGCUCUCGGUGACAUGCUCGAGGGCAACAAAUACCCCUUCACCGUCUCUGCCGAGGACCCAUCCGGCAACUCAUUCAUCCAGCCUUCGCCUACUGAUGCCCGCCACAAAUACACCCGUACCGAGUUUGUCAGAAACGCUGAGCAGAACGCUGCACUUGGUCUCGGCGAAGAAGGUCCCGUCGAUGGUCAAGACGCUCCUGCUACCGAAAUGAGACCCGAGUACCGUGCCGCUGGUGGUCUUGUUGGUGGUAACGAAGCACCGAGAACAGUCACUACCAAUAACGUUGAUGACGACGAAAUCCGCGAGAACGAAGUUUACUCUUUCCCCGCCAGCUGCCCUGGUUGCACACGCCACUGCACAACCAACAUGAAGAUGGUCAACAUUCCCUUCUUCAAGCAAGUCGUUCUCAUGAGCACCGUCUGCGAGCACUGCGGCUACCGCAGCAACGAAGUCAAGACCGGUGGUGAAGUUCCCGAGAAGGGUUCAAGAAUCACACUCCAAGUCAACACACCUGAGGAUCUUGCCCGCGACGUUCUCAAGUCUGAGAGUGCCGCUCUUCUCUGUCCUGAAUUGGGUCUCCGUGUCGAGCCUGGAACUCAGGGUGGCCGCUUCACUACCGUCGAAGGUCUGCUGACCAACUUCCGCAAAGAUCUCCGUGCUCAAGCUUUCGGUCUCGAGAACGGUGACGACGAAGAAGAGCUUCGCGCUGCUGCCGACUCUAUGGAGAUCGAGAAGAAGCGCACCUGGGAAGACUUCUUUGCAACUCUUGGUGAAGCCAUUGAGGGCAAGAGACCUUUCACUGUUGUCAUUGAGGACCCUCUCGCUUCAUCAUACGUCCAGAGUUACACUGCUCCUGCACCCGACCCGCAAAUCUCUGUCGAGGAGUACGAGCGUACCGAAGAGGAAGAGGAAGAUUUGGGUCUCAAGGACAUCAACACUGAGAACUAUGGCUACACUGAGGAAAAGGAGCAGGAGCAACCUACCACCUCUGAAUGA